AUAUUAAUCUAUAAUAGUCGUUGUCUCUUAUCUGAAUGAAUUUUAUAUAGGACUGUGUGAAGUUAUUUAUUCAUAACCGUUCUAAUGGACCAACAACCAGUACUAGUAACUGAAAUAGAUACCCCUACUCAUGAAUUAUUAUUCGAUGAUUUAAUUCCAUUACCAUUUAAAAUAUUAUUCAUAAUUCAAUUUGGUACAUUCUUAUGGUUUUCAUUAUCAUAUAUACUAUAUAAUUAUACUAAUUUAAAUUUAUUACGAUUGUUGGAUUUAUCAUAUAAUCCUCAUAAUUAUGCUCAAUUAGAUUCUCGUGAUCAUGGAGAAUCAGGAUUUGAAUCAGGAGAAUUUAGAUCAACUAUUCCACCUUCAAUUAAUGAAAAUAAUUUAUUAAUAACAGGAAUUUGGAAUAAUCUUAAAGCCAUAACCAUAGUUAACGUUUUAUCAUGGACAUUAUUUAAAAUAGUUCAAACUAAUUAUGAACAUACUGCUGAACAUACUGAUAAUCCUUUUGCAACUGUGUUUGCUCCAUUAUAUUAUAUUUUACCAAUAAUUGCAUUCUCCUACUUGUUUUAUAGAUUAUUUUAUAAAUCAACAUCACGAAAUAAUGCUGUUAACCAUAAGGGACAAUUUAGAGUGUAUACAACUAUGAAGAGAAUUUUAUUGGGAUUUAUAAAUUCAACAACAAUGAGAACUAAUGAUAUUUUAAUAUCAGAUAGUUUAACUUCAUAUUCUAAAAUUUGUAAUGAUUUCGGAUUAUUCUUUUGGAAUUAUUAUUAUUCUGAUGAUAUAGCUUAUGAUAUACAUCUUGAAUUUAUUAUUUUAUGUAUCCCAACAUUCAUUAGAAUAAGACAAUGUUAUUUGGAAUAUACUAUCACUAGAAAGAAUCAACAUAUACUCAAUUUAUUGAAAUAUGCUUCUGCAUUAGGACCAUUGUUAGUUAACUUAUCCAUCAAAUACAAUUUAACUUUAAAACCAUUUGAAGCUGAUGAGAUGGUUCAACAAAUACUUAUGAAAAAAAUUGAAUUUUUGAAUAAUUGGUGGUAUAUCUUCUCAUUUAUUAAUUCAACAUAUUCAUUUAUAUGGGAUGUCAAAAUGGAUUGGAAUUUUGAAUUGUUUGAUUCAUUAAUUAAUCCAAAUAAAAAAUUCAGAGUUUUAAGAAAUAAAUUAGCAUUUAAAACUACGGCAGUCUACUUUGUAAUCAUUAUCUUGGAUUUCAUAUUAAGAUUUGUUUGGGUAUUGAAACUUUUCAUUAUUACUGAAGAGUUAGAUAAUUCAACUUAUUUACAUGUUUUCUCUACCUUUUUAUUUGGCUAUGAUGCCUUUUCAUUUGGGUAUACUGUUCUUGAAACACUUGAAAUUAUAAGAAGAUGGCUUUGGUGUUUUAUUAAAUUAGAGUCAGAUUGGGUAAAAUUAGAACCUGGCGAUUACGAUAUUGAAUUAACACCUACUAGUGCCAAUAAAAGAGAUACUUGAGUAUUUCACAAAGAAAUUCUAAAUGAAAACAAAACAUUUAUAGUUACAGUUAUAGAUUUAAUAAUAAUCCAAUCAAUAUAAUAUUU